AUGGAAGAAACGUUUUUAAAAGGUAUCGCACUCUGUAUACGAAGCAAUAUUCCCAGCAUCCAAGAUCACCCGAAAGCACACCCCUUCCACAGACCUCUCGAAAGCACACCCCUUCCACAGACCUCUCGAAAGCACACCCCUUCCACAGACCUCUUCGAAAGCACACCCCUUCCACAGACCUCUCGAAAGCACACCCCUUCCACAGACCUCUCGAAAGCACACCCCUUCCACAGACCUCUCGAAAGCACACCCCUUCCACAGACCUCUCGAAAGCACACCCCUUCCACAGACCUCUCGAAGCACACCCCUUCCACAGACAAUUCCACAGACCUGAAAGCACACCCCUUCCACAGACCUCUCGAAAGCACACCCCUUCCACAGGAGGAAUGCGCCGACCUCAGCUACCAAACCGAAUACCUGAGAUCUCCGACUUCACACUGCAACAGAAGCGUUGAUCAAAGGGGCGUGUCCCACCAAAGGUCAAUACCCUUUAUAUCAUAUAAUUCGUCGAAAACUAAAUCAGGAAGGAUAAACACCCGCGGUCUCAACCCACCAGCGCCCUGCCAUGUCCGCGAGCGUGACGUGAGCGCUGCGUUGCGAGGAAGGUAUAUCAAUGUCACACUCGGUUUGCUGGCGACUCGUACCAAGGUCUCGCAAGGAGGAAUUCACGCGAUAUCGGAUGAAUAA